GACGGCCGUCAUCUGCCAAAUUCGGCUGUCAAAAAAUAACAACACGUCUACGGACAACGACCUCGGAAUUAUAAAUUUAUUUUACUUAUUAAAAUCAUAAAGUAUUAAAAAAACAUGUUAAGGUAUCGAGGGAAAAAGAACAUUUUGGAAAAAGUAAAGGAAUACGAUGCUUUCCCUAAAGUUCCUGAUGAAUACGUCGCGAGUACCCCGGUAGGAGGAACGUUUUCAGUUAUCACAUUUUUCAUUAUCCUUUGGUUAAUUUACAGUGAAGUUACGUACUAUUUAGACAGUAAUUUAGUAUUCAAAUUUAUGCCAGACAUAGACAUGGACGAAAAGUUACGAAUAAACAUCGAUAUAACCGUAGCAAUGCCUUGCUCGAACAUCGGUUCUGAUAUCUUGGACUCUACCUCGCAAAGUGUUUUCGGAUUCGGUGAAUUACAAGAGGAAGACACUUGGUUCGAGCUCACAGAAGAACAACAAGACGCGUUUGACGCUAUAAAGUAUAUAAACUCUUAUUUAAGAGAAGAGUAUCAUUCCGUUUGGCAGCUACUUUGGAAAAAGGGUCAUGGCUCCGUUCGCUCUACUAUACCAGAGCGUAAAACGAAAAUGAACAAACGGCCGGAUGCCUGUAGACUUCAUGGAGUUCUGACGUUAAAUAAAGUGGCUGGCAACUUCCACAUAACUGCAGGAAAGAGUCUACAUCUGCCCCGUGGGCACAUACACUUAAAUAUGCUCUUUGAUGAUACUCCACAGAACUUCAGUCACAGGAUACACCGUCUCAGUUUUGGCAGUCCAACCAAUGGGAUUAUUUACCCUCUAGAAGGUGACGAGAAGAUCACGAAUGAUGAAAAUAUGCUAUAUCAGUAUUUUGUUGAUGUUGUACCAACUGACGUUGACAAUACAUUUGAGACAGUAAAAGCAUAUCAAUAUUCAGUUAAAGAGUUAGAAAGACCUAUAAGUCACGUGAAGGGAUCUCAUGGAGUUCCUGGUAUUUUCUUCAAAUACGAUAUGGCUGCAUUGAAAGUUAAAGUGUAUCAAGAGAGAGAAAACAUGCUGCAGUUCACGUUAAGACUAUUUUCAGUAAUAGGAGGCAUUUAUGUUAUAAUAGGAUUUAUUAAUGCAAUAGUGUUAACGUUACAAUCAUACUUUGUGACAAAACCAAUUAAAGAUAAAAAACAGUUAGAGGUUAAAACACCUCAAAAUAACUACACAACCAAUGCUUUGUUUGUGGCAACAGAGUUAAGUGUUCCAGUUGAACUUGUAAAACAAUAAUAGAUAGUCAAUUCUUAGUCUUAAGGGAAAUUUAUUGAUGUUUCUUAAUUGUAAAUAAGCAUUUAUUUUUUACAAAGUUGUAACAUAUUAAUUAAUGUACUGGCUGUGUUCACUGUAUACAAUGUUGUUAGUAAAUUUGAAAGAAAAAAAAUCAAUUAGCCUGUGCGUCUAAAUCACCACAAAUACAGAGAUUUGCACAUAAAUAAAUACUUUUAUAUAAAUAACAAAAGCUACUUUUUAUGGUAAACAUGUAUAAAUCCAAUUAUUUAUUAUACAACUGAGACAGAAAUAACAGUAAGCACAGCAAGUUUAAUGUUUCAGAUAUUAAAAAGUUUUUAUGAAUGUUUUAACAGCUAAAUGCUGCAUUGUAAUUUUUUAUUUCCAUAAUAAUUACUUAUCCAGUUUUUAAUUUAUUAAGAAUUUUAUUGUUACAGUCAAAAUGAGCCUCUUGAAUUUAAUGGAUUUAAUUUAAUGUAAAAAGGAAAAUCACAUCUUGAAUACACUUUGCAAAGUUGUAUGUGGCACUAUAGACAUAUUCGAUUGGACUUGUUAAAAGCAACUAAAAAAAUUUGUUUAUAAAUAAAUCAUAAAUUACAGGUUUAAAUGAUCGACUUCCAUUUAGAAGGAGUAAUAUCGUGUAAUAAAAUGGGUUAAACAAUAAUUGUGUCAUAAGGGUUAUAUUCCGCCGUAUUGCUCAUUUCUACUGCAAUCACGUGGUUGGGUUUGAGGCUAAGACUGGUUAUUACAAUAAGCCGAUGUCUGGACUCCACUACAUUGUUGGCCGUAAACGUUUCAUUGACAACAAUAUUUUCUAAAUAUUCGCAUCAAUUCAAAGUCUAAAUAAUUACAUAAAAUCAAAGUUUAAUUAUCUACAUGAACAUAAAAUACUUACAUUAUAAAGACUUUGAAUUGUUUUAGCAUACUAAUUAUUGUGUAUACUUUGAACUUGUUUUAUGGAAUGAAAUUAAUUAUUUUUUUUUUUUAUUUUUUUUUUUUUCCUACCUAAGCUGAGAGCCUUGAGACGCUAUGUCAGCGUAACCCUAACUUUUGUAGGUGAGCUCACGGGGCUCAAACCUGAUGACGUUGCUAACACGAACCCUGGCAAGAGCCGUGCUUCGCAGAAUCUACCACCGGAUCGGAAACGCGACCCACUGAGAAGAUCCGGCGAGAAACUCAGUGGGCAUUAUUUUCUUAGCAAAUCUUAAGUACUAUUGUAUGGAUUACUUAUGCGGAUUGUGACGUUUAUGAUUAUUCCAUGAUCUUUAAGUUUUACAAUGUGACUCUCAUUAAAAAGAAUCUUGAAUAUACUUAUGUAUUUUUAUAUUUUGCUGACAAUUUUAUUGUUUAUGUAUUAUUAUUAUUGUUAUUUUUUUGUUAGUCAAAAUACAUUUUAUAUAUUCUUCUAUAA